GACAAUUUGGACCUCGUGACUUACCUUAGUACGGAAGUGAAAGAGAAGAAUAACAUUAAAAAGCUCGUUUCAACACAUUCCUAUCAAAAUAAUACGGCGACAAGGUUAACACUUCCAACGUGACUGAAUCAUUAAUUUGGUAAAUCUUUAAAUAAAUCUGAAACAACGAAUGUGUCGUAUUUAUCCUGCGUGAGCUAGUCGUAACCAAAAUGGGCAGCGUCGCAGCUGUUGUUGUCUGCGACUGCGUAGUUAGCAUACAAUAAUAUUGGCUCUACCUACUGUAGCUAGUUAGUUCUACUCAUCCAUUUUACAUUUGAGUUAUUUAGCAGACGCUCUUAUCCAGAGCGACUUACAGUAGUGAGUACAUACAUGUUCGUACUUCAUCCUGCGGAAUUCCCCUAUUGUUUGCGGGCUAGCUGUUCACUUUCACUUUUCCUACCAUAUUUGUUUCACAGUUUUGAGAAUGGCAGAGAUGCAUAUUCAGGCAAAGCUGGUAAAUCUUUUAAAACAAGAUAAAAUUCAGCUCUGGAACCCACCAUACACCACAGAAAACAACCAGGCAGGACAGCAACCUCUGCAGCAGCUUGCAGUGAACUAUGCACCCAUUGUGUGCUUCUCUGUGUCUGAAGUGGCAAGUGCCUUGGAGAGCAUCAGAUCCCAAGCAGUAAAGAGAGGAAUGGGGAAUAAGACCUAUAGGGAGACGUUUGUGGCCACGUUGGAACUCCUUCUGCCUAAAGACGGAAAAAAGGAUGUCAAGAAGAAGAACUAUUUGGAGACUAAACUGGAUGUCCUUGCACAAGAUAUCAUGGCUAGGAUUGCUGAACAAUAUGGACUCAAAUACAUCAAGUUAAUUUUGAAUGGGAAGACACUGACUCCUGAGAAGCGUCUGGAUGAACAGGACGUGAAGAACAACAGUAAGAUUAUGGUUCUGCGGGUGAGCGAGCCUGAGAGGAAGAAACAGAUGGCGGAGGAGGAGGAGAAGAAGAAAACUCAGGACCAGAGUGUCCAGAGAACCCAGAAGGGCUUCCAGAUCCUCUCCGAGAGAGAUGGCACCGAUGACCCAGCCACGACUCCAUUCCUAGAGAUUGCUGAUCAGAAGGGGAACCCUCUGAAAAUACCUCACAGAGAGAAAAAGGCUUUGAUUCUAGCCAUGGGGUUCCACGAGAAAGGCCGCGCUCUGAUGAAGAGGAAACAGUACGACGCUGCUCUGUGCCACCUGUUGCAAGCUGACGACCAGUUUGGUACAUGUGGCUCGGUGCUCUUGAGCACGGUGGACAACUAUGCAGUACUACAGCUGGACAUCGUGUGGUGCUACAGAGCCCUGGAGGCCCUUUCCUGCCUGGACGAUGGCAAGCAGAGGCUGCAGAGAGCCGAGGACUGCUUCCUAAAGUGCUACGGAGAGCAGCAGCAGAGGCUCAUGCAGAUCAAGGGAAACACAGGACGAGAGGAAGUGCUGUUCCUCAGGCUGUACCUCCUACAGAGCUUACUAGCGUACCUGGAUGGUAACGAACACCAGGCCACACAGAAGCUAAUGCGGGUGGAGGACCUGUAUGGGCGUCUGUGUCUGGACCCAGGGAAGAUGACCGGGCUGAUGGGUCUGGGUUUCUCUGAGCAGGAGGCCCGUCUAGGCCUGAGGGCCUGCCACGGCAACGUAGACGAGGCCGCGCUGCACAUCACCCACAGGAGACAGGAGAGGGAGGAGAUGAAACAGCAGGAGAGGGAGAAGAGGAUGAGGCGUAUGGAGGGCCUGGCCACCCUCAGAGCGCUGGGUUACUCCAAGAGAGACGCUGCCCGGGCCCUCCAUCAGGCAGACGGGGACAUGGACAGAGCCUAUGGGAUUCUUCUAGAGUCCACCCAGGCUGAGUCUGCUGCUGUAACCAACCACAACACAGAGCUCCCCAUAGAUCAAUCCAAGGUCGAGCAGCUGUUAUACCUGGGCUUUGAGCCGGAGGCUGCCGAAGCUGCACUGAGGCUGACGGGGGGAGACGUGCAAGGGGCCACCCAGCUACUGCUGGACAACCAGGGGGUCCUGCCCCCAGAGCUGCUCUCCCCCUCUCCCCCCUCCUCACUGUCCGAGGAGCCCAGCACCUCUUCUGAGUCCGCAGGUAGGACUCACAUUCACACACGCUCUGGGAGCCAAGGGGAGGACCCUAUGGACGUAGACCUGGUGAAUGAGGUGCUGGAGGAUAUCCCCCGACAUGAAGAAGACUACCUGGACCUGACCCUGGAGGAGGAGAGCGAGGUCAUAGCUCAGAUGAAGUCCUACCUCCACAGGAACUGUACCCCCUCCAGCUAAAGUGCCGUCCAGCCGGCGGCCAUUUUUAAAGCACUCCCACCACGUCCUAAAACAAGGUCUUUUUAGACCCCAAAUUAGGUUUGUGAUUGUUUUUUUUCCCCCAUAGCGAUACGUCAACAUUUUUACAUUCUGUUUUUUGUACUAAAGUGUUAAUUGUCAUUUAAACAUGUGAAACAGAUUGGAAAUAAUUUGUAAGGAAGUGAGCUAACGUCAAUCAAAAAAGGAAAUCAGAAAGUUAAUCUGCUGACUGGUUUAUGCUCUAGAGGGGACAGUGUUCUCCCCAUUCUCACCACUUGGAUUAUUUGAAGGUUCAUGUUUGAGAUUUCAACCCUGUUUACAAUGUGAGGCUUAAAAUUGUAUCGUAAAGGGAUUUUUGGUUGCUUGUGUACAAGAUGUUUCUCCAACUGAAAUACAUUUGUCUUCGUACUCUGUUUUAGUAUUCCAGAUCCCUUUAAGUAAUUUAAUCAAGAAAUUAAGUUUGUUAAAUUCUGUUUUUAUUUCAGUUGUGGUUUUCUUGGAGUUUGAUUACCAAUAUGACAAUACAUGACUGGUCUUAGUGCCAUAUAGUUCAGGUUGCCUUUAGUUUGAAAGUCAUUUGCAUUUAAUUUAAGAACCUGUUAUUACAUACAAUAAAUACUCCUUUGCAAUUA